AGUCGCUAGCGGGUGGACGCUCCCUCCGGCCUCCCUUCCGCCGAGUUCUUAAAAGCCCUUAGUCGCAGUGGCGGGGCCGAGACUGAAACUCGUGAUGAAGUCCGUGGUGGUUCUGCUGGCGCUCGCCUUCGUCUUCGCCGUCUUCAACAAGGCGGAGGGCCAGGGCCAGGGCCAGGGCGAGGGGCAAGCGAAGGCCAAUGGCCCCAAAGUCACUGACAAGGUCUUCUUUGACAUCACCAUCGGUGGCGAGCCAAAGGGACGUAUUGAAAUUGGACUGUUUGGAAAGACCGUACCCAAUACAGCGAAGAACUUCAAGGAAUUGGCAACCAGGCCUGAGGGAUCUGGUUACAAGGGCUCAAUCUUCCACCGUGUGAUUCCUGAGUUCAUGAUUCAGGGUGGUGACUUUACCAAGGGAGAUGGAACUGGAGGUGUCAGCAUCUACGGAGAUAGGUUUGCUGAUGAGAACUUCAAGCUGAAGCACUAUGGAGCUGGAUGGCUUUCAAUGGCAAAUGCUGGAAAGGACACCAAUGGAUCUCAGUUCUUCAUCACUACUGUAAAGACCCCAUGGCUGGAUGGCAGGCACGUUGUAUUUGGCAAAGUGCUCGCUGGCAUGGACGUGGUAAAGGCUAUUGAAGCAGUUCAAACUAGAGGUGACCGGCCCAUUCAAGAGGUCAAGAUUGCUGAUUCUGGAGCCAUACCAGUAGAAACCCCAUUCAGCGUGACAAAGGAGGGUGUCCAAUAAUAGAAACAUUCCUUUAUAAAAUAAAAAAGUAAUGUCUCAGCACAACUGCUGCUUUGCAUUUUUUUUUUCUUUCAACAAAAUCGUGGGCAAAACGGUUAAUAUUGAUAGUCGUAUUGUUACUUAAAAAAAAAUUACUUGUUGACAAGUAGAAUGUGUUGUCUGUACUGGCUUGCAAAAUUUUGUAAGUGUAAUAAAUUUCUACAGUAAA